GCCAUGGUGGUGUUACUACGAAGGAACCCAAAGCCGAUGUUGUCAUUUUUUCGUUACCUGGAGUGAAAUAAUGAGAAAACACAGCUGAAGACCUCGCCAACGUGGAGAUGCUUUCUAGUCAGAGCUCGCGGCCAUAUACCGUCGGAAGCUUUCGAAUGAAGUUGGCGUUAUUCGAGCAAUUUAUCGAAGAAUUUACUUAUGUCGACGAAGAACUGAAUCCAGAAGAACGACAACAGAUCCUGCAAGCUCGUUUAACGAACGGCUACGAGCCAUUGUGCGAAGCAAUUCGUAAUCUUUUUGGCGACGAUGUGAGUACUCAAGACCUGAAGGCUUUGUUCAGGAAGAUAGCUUUGAAUCCUGAUGCCCAGGUUGAUUGGAGUGAGCUAUUUGGCAUUGGUGGUGCAACAGAUGAAGUACCUGACUUGUUAUUAAAUGAAGACACUUCAUCAGUCAUAACCACAAGCAAGAGACGGUCUGUAGGAGAGGCAGGAGGGGAUAAAAAAAGACGUGAUGUUGUGCAGUGCAUUGUUCAUGUUCCAAAAUAUGAUUUUUACAUCAUUGCCUCCCAGAAAGGUAUUAUUUGCCAAUGGAGCAGCAAGUUCCGGCUUCAGUCCUGUGUUGACUUAAAUGAGUCUUCAUGGGUGACAGGUUGUGGAUUUUUGCCCAGUCUCAGAAGAAUAGCAGUUACAUCAGAGAGAGCAUUAUCUUUAUGGGAUUACAGGGCAAAAAGAAAACAGUUGACUAUUUACCAAGUCAAGCCUUUGGAGAACUCCCCUCAUUGCAUGAUCUACAUUCCGUGGAAGACUGAAUCCAUGAAUGAGGACACAAUACUGUUUGGAGAUGAUCAGGGAUAUGUGAAUAUGAUGACAGUGUCUUCAAAAGACCUUCAUAUGAAGAACUCAACAGCAGGCAAAACAGAUUCUCAGGUUGUCACCAUUGAACCCAACAAACUCACCUAUGCAAUACAGAGAAGAAAAUUCCAUGAUGACUGGGUGAUAAAGAUAAAGUAUUUUCCUCAGCUGGAGAUGUUUGGAUCCUGUUCACCAAGCAGCAACUGUUCUUUUAUUUUAGGGGGCAUCGAAAAAAUCUUGGACCACAGUCCAGUCAGAGAGCUUGCUGUUCCCAAGGGGGUCAACUGCUUUGAUUACUGUUCCAAAGCCAAUGUCAUUAUCACAGCUGGUGCAGACAAGGUCAUAAGAGUUUGGCAUCCGCUCAUUUUCACAAGACCAACAGGAAAAUUACUUGGCCACCUGUUCACAAUUGUCGACAUUGCUGUGAAUGAGAAGGAUCAACAACUCAUCAGUUUAUCAACAGCAAGGGUAUUUAGGGUGUGGGAUAUCCAAACACUGUCCUGUUUGCAAGUAUUUACAGACAAUGAACUUAGGCCGGGAGAGAAACGCAUCUCCUGUAUGCUCUUUGAUGCCAAACAUGACAGGCUUAUCACAGGUUGCAGUGUUAUUGACACUUGGCCACUGACUCGAGCUAUUCAGGAUGCACUUCAAGUUCCUCACACUCAUGACAGACCAAUAUGCCAGCUUUUGUACAAUCCCCAGAUGAACCAGGUUAUUAGCGGCUGUGUUGAAGGGAUUCUUAAGGUUUGGGAAAUGGAGACUGGUCAGUUCGUUUAUCAGGUAACUGAUGCCCACGGCCCUUCUACUGAGAUUACAGCCAUGGCAGUUGACAGCUCAGGUUACAGGCUUGCCACUGGAGGUUACAAUGGUUCUAUUAACGUGUGGGAUUUUGGCAGCGGACAGCUGUAUAAGAAGUUUCCAGAUGAACACACUAAGAAACGCCAGGAAGACACCAUAACAGACCUGACGUAUCAUACGAUGUACAACAAAAGAUGUCUGUUGGUGUCUUCGUGGGGAAAGAAAAUAAGAAUCAUGGAGGACUCAGCAGAAGUCGCUACGUUAAUCGAACUCAAAGUUUUAUCAGAUCUCUUUAUUCCACCAGUGCCAUCAAAAUUUGCCCAAGAGGGACAGGCACCGUUUAUUUCAAGGGCACCUUUGCCUACCAUUGGAGAAUCGCAGGAGGUCCAAUCAAGUAGUGAGGAGCAUGUCCUCUCGCUCUGUGAAGUGACUUGUUUGGAACAUGUAUCUCCAUUACUUUUUGCUGGUACAUCGAGUGGAGCUGUGAUCUUGUGGAAUCUAGAGACGGAGAAGGUCGUCUCAAGGUGUCAACCACCAAAAUCCAGGAGUGCAAACACCAGUAAAUACAGACGGAAUCACCGCGAUGAACAGCUGGUGUACAAAGUUCUUUAUCUUGUUCAUCGAGUUAGGAAACCAAUUAUUUAUGGCAAAGGUAAAAACAACAAGCCGAUAUCAAACAAUGAACUAGAUGAAGGUAACGCUGAUACUGGAGACGUGGUUGACGCUCAAAAUGACGGGCAAGAUAGGAAUCUUGAAAGGGGUGAAGAGGAAAUAGCUGCUGAAUCAGAUAAAAAACAAGUCGAUGAAGGGCAUGAAGAGAAAGAAAGCAGAGAAGAUAAAAAUCAGGAGAAGUUGGAGCAAGAAUAUAAAACAGAAAAUGAGGGUGAACAAGACGGAAAGGAAGAUGAAGUCAUUGAACAAGCUGUUCAUAGUGCAUUUUUACAAGUCAGUGAACCGUCUUUGGUAUCUGCACACCAUGAUUGCUUUUUGCGAUUCUGGAAUUUAUCGGGUACUCUACUAUCAGAGAUACGCGCAAUUACCAGAAGACAGGCAUCUGCGGUGACUUCCAUGUGCACAGAUCCGGACUGCAACUUUGUUAUCAGUGGAGAUGCGAGGGGCUACAUCACUGUGUGGGAUGUCGGCAACUUCCUUUUAGAUCCUUCAUCUGAGGGAAGUGAAGGUGAUCAACAACAGCAACGUGAAAAUGAUCAGGAAAGUAACAAGGACGACACAAAGAAAGAAUCCAAGAAUGCGAUCAAGCAAGUUGUUUGUUGGCGAGGGCACCUCACUCGUGUUGUUGGACUGGAGCACGUACAAAGUGCUGACGUAAUUGUGUCUGCAUCAACAGACUGUUCUGUCAGGGUUUGGUACCGUGAUACAGGUCACUUCAUUGGCUUUUUUAGCCAGCCUCGUCUAUGGCGUAUGCCGUCUGUUAAAUCUGUCCCCUCAACCCCAGUCAGACCCUAUGAUAUCUCAGAGGGUCCGAUAAAAACAUUAAAAAACGUAGCCACCAAAACCGUUACCAAGCCAGCAGACAGUACUGUGGACUGCCCGUUGAUGUUCGAUGACACAAGAUGGUUACCGUUUCGUCAUUCAGCUCAAAAGGAGACUAAACCAACCGGAGACAAUAAGAAAUUCUUUGAUUCUCUGUCAAAACCAAAGCAUUACAACUCUCACUUAGAGAGUACGAGGUCAGGAUCACCGGACACUGGAGCAGUGUACAGGGCACUUCCGGUUUACAAGAUUGAAACACCGGAGAGACUGAAGACACCAGCGAUCAACAUGCAAUCAUCAUGGCUCACGAAUCAGACACAAAACCAAAAGGGACAUGGAAAUAAGUCAACCUUUGCCUACAGAUCAUCUUCUUCAACUCGGGAACCGGUAGUGUCCCGAUUUCCACAUAUUGUUCAAGGUCACAAGAGAUGAUACUAACCAGAGGUGAACAAAGUGUUUCUGAAAAAUCUCUGUCGAUCGGGAUACUUUGCCUCCCCUCUGCUGCCCAGGGAGAGCACUGAGACGUCUUAGAAAUACCUGCCGUGGAUCACGAAAACACUCCACCAUCUACAAACGAGUUCAGUGACAAUCGCUUAAGGAAAUACAAAGAACCUCUCGGAGAAUGUUUUAUUUCGUUCGCUUUCCUGCCAUCUGUGUAUCCAUCUAAACUAGAGGCCUUUUCUUUUUGUAAGGUAAAUUUUACUUUCGCUCUGAGAUCUAAGCCAGAAAAUACAGCUGGACUUGGGAAUGGACGAAUUUCCAUCAGGUUGUUUUCCCGACUAGAUAGCUUUGAUCUAUAUUGAGAUUUGGCGCGAAUGGAUCCAGCACUAUUGGCAGAAAGAGAGGCUAUUGAGCUCAUCGCGCGCGGUAGAUUAUCUGUGUUACACGUAAUAAUUUCUAAACAGGAGAAAUAGGCGAGCUUUAAAAUGAUGUAUAUCUAAAGUUAUUUAGUGUAAAUAUUUUGUAAAUGUUGUACAUAGGUCAAGUGUAUUUUAUAUUUAUGCAGGAGAGAUAAUUUAUGUUUGCAGUAUGAAAAACGUUGAAGAUGUUGAGAUCACAAAGAAAUUCCCGCGUCAGUUUCACAUUAUUUAUUGGGACUUUUAAACUUUAUCAUUAAAUUGACCAUACACACA